GCGUCCGUUGGGAGUCGCCGUGUUGUGAGGAGGACGCCGAGGCGCUACCGCCGCUGCCCCGCCAUGGAGCUGCAGCCGCUGGCCGCGCUGCUGGGGAGCCUCCUGCUGUGCUGCGCAGGUCUAACAAAAGGCCUAAAGAUAACUUCAACUAACCAGCCUAUGGUUGAAAAAGCGCAAGGAGAGAAAGUUACAUUGCCAUGUACAUUCACUGUCUCACAAGAAGAUCUAGGCCCACUAGAUGUUGAAUGGGUCUUAAUACCAACAGAUAAUCAAAAGAAGGAACAAACAAUUAUCAUGUACUCUGUAGACAGGAUUUAUAAUGAUUACUAUGAAGCUAUGAAUGGACGGGUACAGUUCACUAAUCCUGAUCCCAGAUCUGGUGAUGGCUCCAUAGAUAUCCUGAAUCUAAAGUCAGCAGACACAGGCACAUACCAGUGCAGAGUGAAGAAAGCUCCUGGAGUUGAAAGCCAAAAAAUACAGUUGACUGUGCUUGUGAAGCCGGCAAGGACUAAAUGCUACAUUGAAGGAUCACAGGAAACUGGAAGAGACCUUACCCUGAAAUGUGUAUCACAAGAAGGUUCCCCACUCUUGUCCUACAACUGGAGGAAGUUAACUGGCACAGAGGAACUUCCGGCGACAUCGUUAUUAAAUAAAGAUACAGGUGAACUGUCUCUGAAAAAUGUCUCUGAGGAGUACUCUGGUACAUACAGUUGUGUGGCUGCAAACAGAAUUGGCACUGAUGACUGUUUCGUUGUGCUAAAUGUCACUCCUCCUAUAAAUACAGCUGGCACAAUUGCUGGAGCAGUUAUUGGAACUCUUCUGGGUCUCUUUUUAUUGGCCUUUCUCGUCUUCUGUUGCUGUAAGAAACGUAAAGAGAAAAAAUAUGAAAAAGAAGUGCAUCAUGAUAUUAGAGAGGAUGUUCCUCCUCCAAAGAGUCGUACUUCAACAGCCCGCAGCUAUAUAGGCAGCAAUCGUUCCUCUCUAGGUUCAAUGUCUCCCUCCAAUAUGGAAGGAUAUGCCAAGACUCCAUAUAAUCAGGUACCAAGUGAAGACUUUGAACGUUCUCCUGGUCAAAACCCAAACUUCCCACCGUCAAAGGUAGCUGCACCUAAUCUAAAUAGAAUGGGAGCUGUCCCUGUGAUGAUUCCAGCACAGAGCAAGGAUGGGUCCAUAGUAUAGAAUGGUGUUAGUUUAUGCUUUUUUUUUUUAUUCUAUACAAAUAUUAAAAAAAAAAAAAACUUGUUCCAACCUACAUUUAAAAAGUGCACAAAAUUGUCCUUGAAGAAAAUGAACAGUUUGUUUGAACAGCCGUCACUUUUGCUUAUUAAUUUUGAACUGUUGUUAAAAUAUAUUAAUGAAUUGCUUCAGCAAAAGCAUUUAAGUUCUGAAUGAGACAUGAAACAAUGGAGGUAUUUGAAUUUUAGAUGAAAAAACACCAUAUCAGCUAGAUGUGGAAUUCUGAAUAUGAAACACAAUGUUGUUUGUUUUUGACAGUGAAAAGACAUUGCAACUGUACUCCAUGAAAUUAGAUUUCCAGAGACUUCACCGUCAAAAUUUUGAAUGACUUAAAUAUUUUGACUCGUUUAGCCAUUGUGUGAUAAUAGCCACAGUGGCUAAAGUACUUGAAUGAUCUAAAUAUUUUAGUGAAAGUCUGUGGAAAUCUUUAACUUUUGUAAUGUGCAUUUGGGGCAUCUUCUGAAUUGCUGAGAACUUGUAUAUCAUGGGCUACCAGUUGCAGUUAAUUGAACCCAGUCAACUAAUAAACUUGAUUUUGAAAUUAAAUGCAACAAGUGGAAAUGCUACAGGAGACCAUGCAAGCUUUAUGAGACCCCAAUUUUAAGAGAAGAGCAUUUUGUUAUAGUCAUGCCAAGCAAUCCAAAACUGUUCACUAGCAUUAAAGGGACAUCAUCAAGUGUAUACCAACUUGUUACUAAUGGAACCUAGUCUUCCAAAACUUCAGAUCAACUGUUUUCCCAUGAAAAAUGGAUAUGUGUUUGUGGACAAAUAGUUCAGUUAUGUGAGAGAGAUAUUCAAGAUUUUCAGAACCUUGCUUUAGUUUUCUAAAUCUCACUGUAGGUUUCUAAAUCCAUAUUUUGAUUCCAAAGAGGUAAGCAUGCAGAAGCUCUAUCUGCAUUUAAUGGGAAAUAAGUGCUUGUGAGUUGGUAAAAUCUGCUCACUUAUUCUGGAAACUUAUUUUUGAACCUAGUGUGUAUAUACACAAUACAAUAUUAGUCUGCUAUUUUAGGGCAUUGUGUAAACAGUUUUUAUACAAAGAAUUUGUAAAGGGAGUAAAAGAACUUGGUCCUCUAUGUCACCAUUAAAAACAACUAACCUCUAAAUAUUGAUACCAAACACUUAAUUCCAUUUACUUUCUCAUAACAAAAAUAGAAUUUCAAAUAGUUUCUCCUUCAUGCAGUGUGGUUAUCCAAAAUUGUAGAUAUAGAACUAAAAUUUAUUGUUGAAUUUAAAAAAAAUAAAAAUAAAAACUUUCACAGUUUACAAAUUU